UAACAGUGUAGCAAUCCUGGUUGCCAAGAAAGCUUUUUUUUAAGGGUAUUAAAGAGUUGACCGUGGUAUUUGUUUUGCAUCUCUUACAUCAUGCCUUCAAUCGUGGAAAUUAAAAACGACCAAUCUGAGACUUCACUUCCUAUUCAUGAAGAAAAGAAGAUUGAAAUAAUUUCAACAGAUCUUGGUCAAACACAGGAAAACGAGUCGGUUACUACCAACACUGACAAACCCAAGAAAACAGAAGGUAACAGUAAUGACAAGAACAAAGAGAAGAAGUAUGAAAGUAUUCUUACCAAAAAGUUCCUAAAGGACCACUGCAAAAAGCUGAAACUGUACCUAACUCCUGAAUUAAAUGAUAUUUUGUACUUACACUAUAAAGGAAUCUACCAAAUUGAAAAUCUUGAUGAGUACACUGGUUUGAAAUGUCUGUGGCUAGAAUGCAAUGGAAUAACAACGAUUGAGAAUCUGGACCAUCAGAAAGAGCUACGUUGUCUGUAUCUGCAGCAGAACCUUAUUACCACCAUCGAAAACCUCGAACCCCUGCAACAACUGGACACCCUGAACGUCAGUAACAACAACAUCAAGAAGAUCACAAAUCUUGCCUGCCUUCCCGUACUGCACUCCCUGCUGAUCAGCCACAACCAACUGACGAUGGCGGCCGACAUAGCUGAACUGGAGCACUGUCCGAACCUCGGUGUCAUCGAUCUGUCACACAACAAGAUUUGUGAUCCGGCUAUCCUCGAUGUUUUCGAAAAGAUUCCCGAUCUGCGAGUGUUGAAUCUGAUGGGGAACCCAGUAAUUAGGGAGAUAAAGAACUACAGAAAAACUGUCACAAUCAGAUUGAAAAAUCUUCAACACCUUGAUGACAGACCCAUAUUUCCAAAAGACAGAGCUUGUGCUGAAGCCUGGGCUCGGGGAGGUUUGGAAGCAGAGAAAAUUGAGCGACAGAACUGGAUUGAUAAAGAAAGACAAAAGAUUCAGGCCAGUGUUGAAGCUCUUCUUGAGAUUCGCCAACAAAAUGAAGCUCACCGCAAGGAGAAGGAAUUAAAUGAAGAAAAUGCCAGAAAUGGAAACCCCGAGAGAGUGGAGAUUGACCCAGGGUCAUUUGAUUGGUUGUCUGGAUCAUACAGAUUGAAGGGUCAGACUGAUGAUUCUAAAGUUAAAGAGGAAUUGGGUUCCACAGAACCGACGGAGGAAAUUACAGUAGGGCGGCGGGAAGAAGAGGAUGAAGGAAUUUUCACAAAAUCAAAAUCAUCUGCUGGCAAUUCUGGGACAAGACUAUUUAUCACAGAUACAACAGAUGAGUUGAAUCCAAAAGAUGAUUUCGAAGAUGUUCCUGAUUUGGAGGAUGUGGACAUAGAAGAAGACAUCAUCAUUUCCAAGGCAACUGAGAAAAAGAAAUACCAGCCAAAGAUUGAGGUUCUGGGUGACGAUGAUUUCAUGGAUGAUGAAGGUGAAUCAAGCGCUGAUGACUUACCACCUCUCCUUACACAGCUGUCGAACAACUCGGGCAAUAUUCUUAUUGAAGAGUACGCACCAGAGUGUCACAGUGUUGAAGGAGAUUACGAUAAACAGUCGCUGAUUUCCGAGAGUGAAACAGAUUCGGUUCUUGAGUUGGAUUCCAUUCAACCACAGAUUGCUCCAGAGUCUACCUCAGAUCCACAGACGACGUCUCAAAUAGAGUCCAUCGAACUGCUGCAGGGGGUGAAGAAGAUGCUGUCUAGUGACAUCAACAAAACGGGUAAAGUCGGCAGCAUCCCAGCUCCACAGGAGAAAGAUGAAGAGAAAAACACUGAUCUGGUUAAAGAAGAAAAACAAGAAAUCGAUGACAGCAUUUUUGAAGAAUUGGACUGAACAGUGCUUGUUCCUGAUCUGGUCAGAGAAGACAAAUGAGAAUUGAUGACAGCAUUUUUGAAAAGUUUGACUGAAUAGUUAUCGUUUCUCGUUUUUAAGUAUUUGACAAUCAGGAAGUUGAAGACCGCAUUUCUGACCAUCUGAAUUGAAUAGCGAUUGGUGUGCAAUUUAUAUUUGACAGACAUGAGGUUGAGGACAAUGUAUCUCGAUUGAUUAGUGAUUGGUGCCCAGUGUGUGUUGGACUGAUGCCCAAUUUAUGUUCGCUGGUGUUCAUUUGUACGAGGUGCAGCAUCAUUACAACCCAAACCCAGCUGUUGUCAGUGACUACACGUUUGAAGCUGAUUUUUAAUGGUUAUGUUAUCUUUGUAUAAGUUCACAUAGAGCUGGGAUUUGUUUUCAGUGACUGUCCGAUCUUGUAUUUCAUGAUGACACAAAUAUUGAAUAGGACUGAGUGGAUCAGUGAUUAGAGAGAAGGUUAUGAAGUAAAUAAAUCAGUAUCAUACUUUCUAGGUACAAUACAGUAUUAAUUAAAAACCUCCGCCCAGUUCUAUUAGGGGAUAGUAAGAUAUGAUGUUAAUGAAUGCUUCCGUCCAAUUGCAGGUAACUAAUCCGUCCAAAUCCAUCGGCAGGUAAUAUAAGUCAUUGGUGUAAAUCAAUCCGUCCAAUUGCAGUUAACUAAUCCGUCCAAAUCCAUCGGCAGGUAAUAUAAGUCAUUGGUGUAAAUCAGUCCGUCCAAUUGCAGUUAACUAAUCCGUCCAAAUCCAUCGGCAGGUAAUAUAAGCCAUUGGUGUAAAUGAAUCCGUCCAAUUCUUCCAGUGCACAGCAUUAUGUGUUUUACUACAUUGCUAUUUAUACCAUUCAUAUCUUAAAAGCCAAAGGAUUUAAAAGGCAUCUUUAGUCAACCUAGCUAGGGAUUUUCGAAGCUAUGUUAGCACUACGAAAUUUGAAAUAAUAUUGUAGGCUACGAUGUCACUACAGCACAUGCCAUAAUGAUGUCAUAGCUUACGACGGUUUUACAAUAUCAUAGCUUUGAAAAUACGGACCCUGGUGAUAAAGACACAAUAAAAGAAAAAGGUGUUGGGGUCAUAUUUUAUUUAUUGACUCCUUUCAAUGUAUAAUUACUUGAGUGGACAUAUAUAUACAUAUAUAACUUGUUAUUUUAUUAAUCAUCAUAAAAACUGACAACAAUAUGAGCAUAUUUUUUCUGCCAUCAUUUUUGACUGAAAAUCUUUCUGAACAUUGUGAUAAUUAUUGUUCAAUGUGAUAUUCAUUGUUUAAUUUUAGCCAUGAAAAAUGUAACAAAUUUUCAAGUAAACUACUGGAACAUUUUUAUAUAUGUAUAUUGUGGUUGCAUCAUCGACUGUUGCAUAUGUUUUAUUUAUUUAUUAAUCUUUGAUGUUCAGAUUACAAUACUGAUCUCAGGGAGGAAACAGAAAUAUGAAUGUAGCCUGUAGGUGUAUGUUUUGACCACCGUAAAUUGGUUGAUAACAAAACAUUUGGGACUUGGUUUGUGGGUACAGAUACUGGUUUAAGAGUGCAUUUAUUAAAUGUGCAUACUGUGAUUUUAAUAGCAUUAAAAAAACAUACUCUCCCUUCCAUAAUUGGGCCCAUACCCACGAAACUGGGAGAUAUAGUGUAUGCACUCACCCAACAUAAAGGCAGUUUUAGAACCCAACAUUAGAUAUCGUUUUUUUUAUUUUAAAUUGACCUCUUUUUUCAACACACACACACACACACACACACACACACACACACACACACACACACCCAUUAGGUUCAAAAUACAUGCUUGACAAUAUGGAUCAAAUGACAGUCAGGAUUAAUUGGCUAAAAUUCAGGGGUGAAUUUAGGAUUUUAAGAAGGGGGGUUAUCAUGUAUAAGUGCUUGCACAUUCACAUAGAGUGGUCUAUGCGUGUCGUAUGUAUUUCCAGUGAAAAAGAGCUGAAAAUUGAAGUAGUUUUUUGCCAUGUGACAACAGUUUAGGGCAAAACUAGAAUGAGUUUCUUAAUGUAGUGUGAUUGAUUAGUUUGUUUCAUUGUUUGUGGGGAAGAUGCGGCAGCUUUAGUUAGGGCAAUGUUUUGUGUGUGUUAAUGAUAAAGUCUCCAAACAGCAUUCCACUUAAACAUUAUGUCAAUAAUUGUAAUUUGGACCACAUUAAAAAAAAAGUUGUUGAACAUUGAUUUUUUUUCUUUAAAAAAUUAGGGUCAUCCAUUGUAUUUUCAAAAUAUAUGGUAAAAAAAUCUUGGGGUGGAGUCUUUUUAUGUGGGUGGGUAGGUGGGGAAGUUCACCUUUUUCUUUAUAUGUACAUAUAUGUAUUGAUGGUUUGUAAAACUAAUAUUGUGAGCAAAAAAAACCAAUAUGAUUUUGCCUUAUAUGAAUUUUGUACAUUAAAAACUACAGAAUGUU